AUGGCGGCCGUUCGAGCACCAAAACAAUGGUCCCUCACAACGACUGAAACAAUAACUUCCAUAGAGGCUUGGGAGAACAAUUUAAAAUACAUCCUAUCUCUAGACCAUAAUUUUGCAUCGUUCCUCACCGGUGGUGCUACUUGGCUAAAGAAAACCAAUGCCUCUCCUCUCCGUGGUUUUAACGACAAUGAUGAGGGCAUUCCCCAGAUUCAACGCCGUACCGCUGCGCAAAAGGUGACUCAUCUCGAAAUGAUGCUUGGCCAAAUAGCUAACUAUGCUCCUGUUAUUUCUCGUAAUACGAUUGUACGAAAUUCGACAUCCAUCAGCGGUGUAUGGCAAGCCAUUCGACAACAUUACGGCCUGCAAUCUACUGGUUCCCGCUUCUUAUAUCUAGCUAAUAUCAAGGCCAAAUUUGACCAAAGGCCUGAAGACCUUUACCAAUGCUUGAUGUCCUGUGUUGAAGAUAAUUUAUUAACAACAGCAGGCGGAAUAACUCAUCACGGAAUAACCCCAGAAGCUGAUGAAGAGCUAUCCCCCUCCCUCGAAAACUUUAUUGUAGUUACCUGGCUCCAACUCCUCCACCCAGACCUUCCACGUUUGGUUAAGCAAAGGUACGGUACAGAGCACCGUUGCCGAACACUGGCCUCUAUAAAGCCUGAGAUAUCUCAAGCCCUCGACUCUUUGUUAGAGGAACUACGCACCAGCGAAGAAGCCAAAGUUCUGCGCACAAUCCAUCCAAGCUUUGGAAGACCACCCCGCAUCGACAACCGCCCACCUGCCUCCAACCGCCCAUACCCCACAAAGAGCAAAACGAUAUACAAGCCUCGUUCAAAUAAAUCCUGUGCACUAUGCCUCUAA